CCCUCGGAGCGCCGGGCGCGGCGCCGCCGCGGCCCGCACGAUGUCCACUCGCACACCGCUGCCCACCGUCAAUGAGCGGGACACGGAGAACCACACCUCUGUUGAUGGAUACACCGAACCACACAUCCAGCCUAUCAAGUCAAGUAGCAGACAAAAUAUCCCACGAUGUAGGAACUCCAUCACAUCCACAAAUGAGGAGCAUCCUCACAUUGGAAAUUAUCGCUUGCUGAAAACAAUAGGAAAAGGAAAUUUUGCCAAAGUGAAGCUGGCAAGGCAUGUGCUUACUGGAAGAGAGGUUGCUGUGAAAAUAAUAGAUAAAACCCAGCUAAAUCCUACUAGCCUGCAAAAGUUGUUUCGAGAAGUACGAAUAAUGAAGAUUCUGAAUCAUCCCAAUAUUGUAAAAUUAUUUGAAGUUAUUGAGACUGAAAAGACGUUGUAUUUGGUAAUGGAAUAUGCCAGUGGGGGAGAAGUGUUUGACUAUCUAGUUGCACAUGGAAGAAUGAAAGAGAAAGAGGCUCGUUCAAAAUUCAGGCAGAUUGUAUCUGCUGUACAGUAUUGUCAUCAAAAAUGCAUAGUUCAUCGUGAUCUUAAGGCAGAAAACCUUCUGCUUGAUUCAGAUAUGAAUAUAAAAAUUGCAGACUUUGGGUUUAGUAAUGAGUUCACGGUUGGUAAUAAACUGGACACGUUUUGUGGCAGCCCGCCUUACGCCGCUCCUGAACUUUUCCAAGGAAAGAAAUACGAUGGCCCUGAAGUGGAUGUGUGGAGUCUUGGGGUGAUUUUGUACACACUAGUGAGUGGAUCACUGCCAUUUGAUGGUCAGAACCUAAAGGAACUGAGGGAGCGAGUACUGAGGGGGAAGUACCGCAUUCCAUUCUAUAUGUCCACAGACUGUGAAAAUCUACUGAAGAAGCUACUAGUACUGAAUCCAAUAAAACGAGGCAGCUUGGAACAAAUCAUGAAGGAUCGGUGGAUGAAUGUUGGUCAUGAAGAAGAAGAACUAAAGCCAUAUACUGAGCCUGAACCAGAUUUCAAUGACACCAAAAGAAUAGACAUUAUGGUCACAAUGGGCUUUUCAAGAGAAGAAAUCCAUGAAUCUUUAGUAAAUCAAAAGUAUGAUGAAGUCAUGGCUACUUACCUGCUUCUAGGUAGAAAACCACCUGAAUUUGAAGCAGGUGAUUCCUUGUCCAGCAGCAACUUGGGUCAAAGGUCUCGUCCCAGCAGCGACCUCAACAACAGCUCGGUGCAGUCCCCCGCUCACUUGAAGGUCCAGCGGAGCAUCUCCACCAACCAGAAACAGCGGCGCUUCAGCGACCAUGUUGGCCCCUCGAUUCCUCCUGCUGUGUCAUACACAAAAAGGUCUCAGGCAAACAGUGUGGAAAGUGAACAGAAAGAAGACUGGGACAAGGAUGUCUCACGCAAACUCGGCAGCACUACAGUGGGAUCCAAGGGAGAGAUGGCUGCAAGUCCACUUGUGGGUCCAGAAAGAAAGAAGUCAAGUGCAGUUACCAGUAAUAAUGUGUUUUCUGGUAGUGGAAUGACAAGAAGGAACACUUACGUUUGUGAACGUUCUUCAGAUCGCUAUUCUGCAAUACAGAAUGGGAAGGACAACAGCCUGACGGAAAUGUCUGCAAGCAGCACAUCCUCUGCAGGCUCUGCAGUGGCCUCUGUCUCCACACGCCCUCGGCAUCAAAAGUCUAUGUCUGCCUCUGGUCACCCUAUCAAAGUCACACUGCCAACCAUCAAAGAUGGUACUGAAGCUUACCGACCAAGCAGUGCAACUCAAAGAGUGCCUGCUGCCUCCCCAUCUGCUCAUAGCAUUAGCACCACCACUCCAGACCGGACCCGCUUUCCCCGGGGCAGCUCCAGCCGCAGCACUUUCCACGGGGAGCAGCUGCGGGAGCGGCGCAACGCCACCUACAACGGCCCGCCCGCCUCGCCCUCCCACGAGACCGGGGCGUUCGCACACGCCAGGAGAGGGACGUCCACAGGCAUCAUCAGCAAGAUCACCUCCAAGUUUGUUCGCAGGGAUCCAAGUGAAGGCGAAGCCAGUGGCAGAACUGACACCUCAAGGAGUGUUUCUGGGGAGCCUAAAGACAGAGAGAAGGAGGAUAGCAAAGAUUCAAAGCCACGCUCCUUGCGCUUCACGUGGAGUAUGAAGACCACGAGUUCUAUGGACCCGAAUGAUAUGAUGAGAGAGAUUCGGAAAGUGUUAGAUGCCAAUAACUGUGAUUACGAACAAAAAGAGAGGUUUUUGCUUUUCUGUGUCCACGGUGAUGCACGACAAGACAGCCUUGUUCAGUGGGAGAUGGAAGUCUGCAAACUGCCACGAUUGUCGCUCAAUGGAGUUCGCUUCAAGAGAAUAUCUGGGACUUCUAUCGCAUUUAAGAACAUUGCAUCCAAGAUAGCAAAUGAGCUUAAGCUGUAAAGAGAACCUAAAUUCUUUGGGAUCAGGGAAGAUUCAUACAUGAUCUACACUUUGAAUGUACUGGUUUCGCCUAAUGUGAUUGGCCUGUGAAACUCCCCAUGUAGAAAUUGCCCUUACUGCAAUAAGGUUAUACAUAGUUAUUCAGAAUUGUAAAGUUAAAUCCAGUAUGACCUAUAUUAAAUAACUGUAGCUAAAGAAGUUAUGUUCACAUGUACAGGUAAGUAUAUAGAGCAUUCUGUUCAUUUUAUGUUCAUAGAGUUGUAUAAUAAAAAGAUGACUGCUUAAAUUCAGAUCUUGUAUAGUUGUCUAGAUUUCUGCACAGAAAUGUAUGUUUGAUGCUUUGAGUUGGAAAAGUUCUUCCCUAUCAUUUACAUUUUUGGUGGGUUUUAUAAGUCUUACCUCUACCAUGCGUUUUUUAAAAAACUUGUCCUGAGUCAAAUGCACAAACUAGUUUUCACAACUGUAGCAUGACCAUUUUUAAUUAUUUAAAAAUUGUUCAUGAGUUGAACCAAAAGUCGAUGAGUAAUUGGCUUUUGUUCUACAUGAGACUGUUCCUGCUUAUCUUUGGCUCUUAUCCUUGUUAUUGGACAGUGUUUAGUU